GCAUGAUCGAUUUGGACAACGAAUAUGCCCUGCUUCGAGCGACGGCAGAUCGAGCAUGGGAGAUCGAGAAGCGCCUGGGAAUGAGCAUGCCGUUAGGUACGUUGCACAGCGACGAUCCGGCAGAAUGGCGAGUGGGGAACAUCUCACGCAGCGUCGCGACCCGCAUCGCCCACGUGGCGACAUGGAUGAAGGACCCAAAGGAACGAACCAAGCGGCUCCUGGCUGCAGAAGCCAAACGCGCCGAAGCUUCCAACGACGAUACACAUGAAAAUGGCGGAGAUAUCCUUCCUCGUCGAGUCGCUGCCCUAGCAACACCGAAGCCCCAACAAGCAUCGUCGAGUAGGCGAUUGUCCGACGUAAGCGCAACCAUACGCCCCAGUACCACCCAGACGACCCCAUCAACAAGUGUCCGGCCACCAAGCAAGACCUGGACACGACCGAAGCCCGCGCCACCAGUUCCCGUCGACCUCCCGUGGGAAGCAGCAAACAACCUGCCGCCUGCGAAAACUACCAACCGACUUCCAUUGACCAACAGCAUCCCUCUCAUUACGCCAUCACAGCCACAGUCCCAAUCUACGAAACACUCUUCGCCGCGUCUCUCUCCAUUGCCCAAAUCCUUGCCCGUUGAACACACAGAAUCGCCACACGUCGAGCCCAAGCCGCUUGAACCGCCACCACCGACGACAAACACAUCAUCUUCUUCGAAUCCUCGAUCGGCAUCUCCACCUCCUGACGAGUCCAAGCAUCCUCGUCCGCCUACUCCACCUACCAUGCCACGCCCCGUACAAGCAGCUGCUCCAACCAACCUGCCGCCUCCACCGUCCUCCAUUGGCCCGCAAGUCCUGUCCAGCCAUCGGUCCAUGCCGUCGGCCGCCUUUGGGUACGGCACGGACGUGAAUGCAAUGUGGAGCUUGCCGUUUCUCCGUCGGCUCUUCCAUGACUUGGACGGCGACCGCGACGGGUUUGUGUCCAAGCUGGAGACGUCCAUCGGUCUGCACCGCUUGCACGUGUACGUCCCGCCGCACCGUAUCGCAACUUUUUUCAACCAAGCCGCAACCUUGUCGCAGCGCAGUGUCGUCAACUUUGACCAGUUCAGAGCGUUCGUGCUGGCUGCCAAGGAAGCCAACUUGCAGCCCCCUCAACCCAAGCAGACCCGCACAACGUCAUUACCCCAGCCCAGGGCGCCGCUUGUCGUGAACGAUGGAGGGGGAGGGGGUGGUUCGCUAGACAUUGAACAAGUGCUGCCGGAUGUGAUGGCAGCUCGAAUCAUGCAGCGCAUGGACGAGACUACAGACAUCGACCCAGAGGUUGUGCGCGAACUUGCUCGCGAACUGAUGCGAGAACACUUGCUACUUGACUCACCCGAGGAUGCGACGACGGGGCUGGAUGGGAUGCAAGCGGCGUUGGCCACUCAGUCCUCAGCUGUCGAGAUGCAUCCCGUGACCACGGAAGCACAUGUUGUGGACCUGGUCAAGGCUUUCAUGCUUCAGCACAUGCGGGAACACCAGCCAACCCCAUCACCUGCGGCGCCAUUGCCAGUAGAACCACUCGACUCCUCCCAUGACAAUGUCGAUGCUUCACAGGUCGCAGAAGUUCCUCCGUCCGUGCCGUUGGAAGCGGUUGACAUCGUGCCAGUGUCCAAAAUGGAGCAAGCCACCGACACAUCCGACUUAACUGAUGUGUUUGCACCAGUGUUGACAGUUAAGGAGAUGGCGGAGGACAAACUCAUUCGGAAUUUGGCCGAUUUACCAGGGAAAACGUUGCUUGGGAAAUUGCUCCAUUGUGACGCCAUUGGUGAGUGCAACGUACAAGUGGACGACACGCCGCCAACGUCCCUGGCGGCCACGCUUCGACGCAUGCGAGCCAUUCGUUUGCGCAACACCGUACCUCCGCCACCACCGCCACCGCCCAUGUCCCCUCGUCCUCCGCAGCAUCACGACCAUCUACCGCCCCCGCCGCCUCCUCCAGUGUCUCCUGUGGGUCGGCAUCCAACCAAUCCAUGGCAACCGUGUACCCCAUUAGCACAAGAACAACAGCCGACACCAUCUCCAGCCCAUCAACGUGAUGAACCACCAGGCACCAAGAUGUAUGCAUUGGGCCCCAAACCAACGCUUCCCGUCGUGCCUCGUAGUGUUCGAUCGUCCAGUUGCAGCAUUGCCAGCAGCAGUGUCGACCACGAUGACUUGAUCGACGAAGACUUGAUGUCGGAAGGUGAAGUGAUGCACGUGGACGCGCUCAGCGACGGCGAAGUGGACGGCGGACCUGCCCAUACGACCUACUACCACCUCCACAACCCCCGACGACAUGGGCAACGUCCGUCCCCGCAAUCUUCCCAGUCCUCCCUCGAGGAAGGCCAGCUGCAGACGCUCUUUGUGCCAGCGCCGCCGGACGACAACGCAUCGAGCAGUGGCUCCAUCGAGUCGGGCGAAUACUAUAUCGCUUCAGAACAGCCUAGCUCCUCUAUCUAUACCCUCAACUGAAUGAAUUGCACCUCCCUUCAAAACCACAGUGAAAAUGCAAUACAUGUAUUCAAG